CCCGGCCCCUCUUACACCACCCCGACUCUUCAGCAUUCAGCGUCAGCAAAAACCCUAAUGUGAUCAAGAUGGAAGUUGUCUUUGGACUUCUCACCACUCCCCGGCUUUCUGCCUGCCUUUGGGGGCUUCACUACCAUUCCGACACUUUUACAGCGAAGACUGGAGUCCAGAAAACAGCUUGCAGAAACCUAGACUAAGGACUGUGUACAAUAUAAAACGGAUGUCAAGUCACUUGGAAAGAGAUGGAUUCAUAUUUCCCAAACAAGGAUGCAUUUCUCUCUGUGGAUGAAUGAAAAGACAACUCGCAAAAAAUCUCUGGAUAGCUGUACUCGAGGCAUUUACUGGAUCUAUAUCCUAUUUGUUGGAUUAUCACCUGGUGUUUAAUUACUGAACAUACAGCUGCUGGAUUAUACUUUAAAACACUGUGCUAUCACUAGAGAAUUUACAAGGAGUAAACAUUUUUACUCCAGUGUCAAAUCUCUCAAACGUAUUGAGGUGUUAUUCUGCUGUCAGUUUGAAAGCCAGUGGAAGGAAUAACUUCUUUGGGACAUUCUUUGUAACCUUUAAUAACCAGACGCAGGUUCAUGCCAGAGGUUGCAGAUGGUAGUUGGUACCAUCCGGCUCUUUUGAGGAAACAAAAGAUCCCGUUCUCCAUUUUUGCCUGGCAUCAAAAGCAGCUCUAUGGGAUAGCGCCGGCUGUCCACCAUGCCAGUAGCCAUACGAAAAAGAAGUUGGGAGGAGCACGUGACUCAUGCUUCAGGAUUACAAUACAGCUAUGAUGAUCUGGACCUGGUCUGCUGUCAUGGGGUGGACAGCGAGGGGCCUUGGAUGGGAGCAGGGGCUUCCAAACACGGUCGACGGACGAGGUGCGCUUCCAUGCCAGAGUGCUGCCACCAACUGGCUACAGAGGAUCUGGCUCAGACACCUGAGGUGGCAGUGAGUGACAGUGCUGGAGCAGAGCGGUUGAAGGUCAUGGAAAGCGCUGUAAAAGUUCCAAUGAGUUUUCAGGAGGGAUCAGGACAUGGCUCUCAGGAGUUGGUGGAUGCUGAUACUCAAAAAGUCCAAAAGUCCCCUGAAUCAGAGCUUAUCCAAGACAUUGGGAAUUCUGGAGAAUUUGACUCAAACAGUGGGACGUCCAGGGGAAAUAUUUGUUUUGCAACUGAUAGCAGCAAUCACAGCGAGAGAACAAUCAAUAGUGAAUGUGAAGUUGGCACAGAGAGCAGCCAGAGACACGGCAUCUGCAAUGACGAUAAUGUCUUUAAAAGUCCACAUAUCUCACGUGAAGAGCAACAAUGCAUCUCUAUCUCUUCAAACAAUGGGCCUCCACUGUCUGAAUGUGCUGGUGAACAGCCUGGCAACCCUCCAAAUCAUCCGGAAACAAAAGAGAGCCAUACAGAGGGUUACAGCAGACCUCCUGAAAUCUCUGAGGCCACACUGAACCAGCCCUCAGCUGCAGAACUGGAACCUCAAACUUUCCCUCCAGAUGCAGAGGAAGAGGAGACUUCCACCUCUGACCUUACUGAUGCAAGUGUAACCUUACCUGCUCUGCACAGUUCAGUUAAUAUGAUGGAGGGCGGUGAUGAGCUGUCACAGGGUAACAAAACUGUGGAACCAGUUAUGACUUUAGUGGUAGAUGACGCAUGUGACAAAGGAGUUACUGAGAGCUGGAGCGCAGAUUCUGCUGACAAGCUGGAUGGAUUAAAUGACCCAGAAAAUGAAAAUACAGGAUUUAAACAUCACUCAAGAGACAUUCAAGGAGGAGAGCAGGAUCAUCAUGGCCGCGCUGUGGUGUUGGAUCAGGCUCAUGGUUGUGAAAUAUCCCACCAGACAUUGUUGGAACAGCAGAAUGUUGAAAUGACAGCUAUGAACAGGCCUCAGGGAGAGGAAAGUGCACAAGCAGACAGCGACGAGAACGCAUCAGAAGUCAGGUAUGGGCCAAUCACAUCGUCUGAUAAAUGUAUCAAAGGUCUGUGUUGCUCUUUGACAAUUAAGAGCAACGUGUCAUCUGAAAAACUGGAUACUGGAUAUUCAGAAGGCAACCCCACACAGACAAACAUCACUCAGUGUGCAGCUCAGCUUGCGGAAACGACGACUUCCAUAAGUCAACUUACGGAAAACACUGACGAAGGCUCAGCGUCCAAAGCUUUCUGUGAGGAUCAAGAAAUAUCCCAGCAGUUGGAAAAUAGUUGUUCAAAACUGGAUACUAUCCCAGAAGUCAGCCACGUUGAGCCGGAUGACACCCCCGGACUAGAUCCUCAAAAGAACACCUCAGAUUUUACCCCAAAUCCACAUGUUCAGCAUAUGGAUAACAAACAUGCAGUGACUGAACAGCAUACUGAAAUCCUGCCAGCAUGCUCUGCAGAGGUCAAUGAUGAGCUCUUACCACAGGGACUCCAUGGCAACCAAGCCUCUGGUUGUUACCUCAGUGAGUCACCUGCCCUGGAGGUGGCAGAUGGUCAGAGGGAACAGCUCAGGCUAGGAGACACAGUCUCUGCAAUGGAGGCUGCACACGCCAUUAUUUACAGUGACACACAACUUGCCAGUCCACUUUUAGAUGGAACAAAUGGAGAUCAAAAAGAGGACAACAGUGUCAAAGUGCGCAUGAGAAAGCGUGAACACGCUCGUCUGGACUCUAUGGUGCUGCUGCUGAUGAAACUGGACCAGUUGGACCAGGAAAUUGAGAAUGCCCUCAGUGCCACCUCCUCUAUGGACAGCACUCCGACCCUCCAUAGACGACAACUCCUGGAGUCUGAUUUAGGAUCUGUGCCAGCAGCAUCACCAAAUCCACCUCAUCCACAUGCUCCUGCUGCCUCCUCCUCGGCUCCUGCACCAGCUCUCGGAGCAAAGCCUAAGAGCGGGAGCACCUCUACCAUUCCUGAGACAGAAAAAGCUGAGAUCGAAGCCAAAGAAGCCUGUACCUGGCUCCGAGCAGCAGGGUUCCCACAGUACGCCCAGCUUUAUGAAGAUGCCCAGUUUCCCAUCGACAUCUCUUCGGUCACCAGGGACCAUGACUUCCUCGAUCGGGACGCCAUCGAGGCUCUCUGCAGGAGACUGAACACCCUCAACAAGUGUGCUCUAAUGAGACUGGAGAUUUCACCGCAAAGAAAAAGAAGCGAGGACUCCGAUGAGGACGAGCCUUGUGCCAUCAGUGGCCGCUGGACCUUCCAGAGGGACAGCAAGCGCUGGUCCCGCAUGGAGGAGCUGGAGGUUUUUUCCUCACUGCCCUCAGAUGCUGCUGCACCCCCAUUCCCAAAGGACCAAGUAUCCCAAAAAGGCAAGCUCGCCUUACGUGAGGGCAACAGCUCGGAGAGUGUGCUGACCGACCUGAGCGAGCAGCCUGAAGUGGGCUCCAUCCACAGCAGCGGGAGCGGAGGAAGAGGAGAAGAGAAGAAUCAUGGCGCCGCCCUGACAAGUGAAGCUGUACCUGCCGGAGCCACCCGUGCAAGCUCUGUAGCUAGCAUGUGUUCGUCCUCAGGCACAGGUGGGUCAGGUUGUGCUAAUGAGGACUCCCUCUCUGAUGGGAUGCCUCCAUCACCACUGGAGACACUUGGACAGUUCAACUUUGACGUGAAAACAGGGAUGGGAGGCUUAGGAGGUAGUCUGGAUAGAGGAGGUGGCAGUGGCAAAAGCACACGCUCAAGAGCGAAGAGCUUUCUCAAGAGAAUGGAGAGCCUACGGCUGCGCAGCGGCACCAUGUCCAAGAGGAAGAAGAAGGGCAGCACCAGUGGAGGGAAGAUAGAAAUCAGUGGUCCUGUUAUCAAAGAGGGUCUGGAUGAUGACAAACUACGGAGGCUCAACUGUGUGGACAUCUCCAGCAUCAACCUCAACCAGAACCUCAAUCACCACCGCAAUCCCACUCAGACUAUGACACUUAACCGUAAUCGCUCUGUAUCCUACUCCACUCAGACCAGCAGCGGCAGCACUGGGAGUACUGGGAGCAGCCAGUCUGAAGCCAGCAGUGGAAGCGCAGUGAGCACACCGAGCCCAGUGACUCGAGCUCGCAGCCACAGCACAGCGGCAGGCUCCAGUAAGAGAGGAGGGAUGUAUUUGGAGGGGUUCGAUCCUUUCAGCAUUCCCCAACAAGCUUCUGAUCGACAGCCGACACCUCCUCCCAAAUCUGCCCCACCCAUCCCCUGCCAAGCUAGUAACGGGAUGACGGUUGAUGAGCAGAACCGCAGGAACAACCGCAGUGUUCGAGACAACAGCAGACAAGAGGAAGAAGAGGAGGAGGAGGAGGCGGAGGAGGGCAUGAUCUUCUUCUACUUACCAGAAGGUCACAAGCCCGGAACCUUUCCCAAAGCCCUGCAGGACGGGAGUUCACGUAACAACAACGGGAAUGAUAAUGGGAACUCGGUGAUCCUAAGGGGGCGGCAGAGUAGACGCCAGCGCAGAUGCUCUUCAGGCUCCGUGGACAGCCGGCUCAGUUUUUACGACAACGUCCCCUAUACUGAGAGGGAGGAGGAGGAAGAUGGGGAGGAGGGGGAUGAGCGCAAACUGGAGCAAGUUCUGCAGCAUGUCAGCGGCCUGCAGCGCUUCGUCAACGCCUGGUCAGAAGCAGUAGCUGGGGAAGAGGAUGAAGAGGAGGAGGACGAAGAGGAGGAAGGAGACUCAGAUUCGGCACUGGACUCAGCCUCCCCAUGUCCGUCCUCUCCUCUGCAGAACCGGCUGGAGGAGACAGAGAAUGGGAGUGACCAAGACAGCACAGGAAACCCGCUGGGAGAGGGAGAGGAAGGGAUGAGGGAGAGGAGAGACUCUGGUGUUGGAGCAUCUCUAACCAGAACCAGCAGACCACAGAAACUGCGCUGGCCCAGCUUCCAGAACUCCCAUCGGCCCAACUUGGCAUCGGCCCAGCUCCAGAUUAGCUGCCAGUCUGUGCUGCAGAUGAAUCUGCUCCAGAAGCUCUCGCUGCUGCAGCUCACUGCUCUGCUGGAGAGACACACCCCGACAAACAAACAUGGCUUCAGCUGGGCUGUGCCAAAGUUUAUGAAGCGCAUCAAGGUGCGCGACUAUAAAGACAGGAAUGUGUUCGGAGUGCCACUGCAAGUCAUCGUCCAGCGGACGGGCCAGCCCCUCCCUCAGGGCAUCCAGCAGGCCAUGCGCUAUUUACGCAACCAGUGCCUCGACCAGGUGGGUCUUUUCAGGAAAUCCGGCGUGAAAUCUCGUAUCCAGGCUCUGCGUCAGAUGAAUGAGGCGAGCGGCGCAGACGGGGGAGGCGUCAACUAUGAAGGCCAGUCAGCGUACGACGUCGCAGACAUGCUGAAGCAGUACUUCAGAGAUCUGCCAGAACCCCUGCUCACCAGCAAGCUGUCGGAGACCUUCCUCCAGAUUUAUCAGUACAUGCCCAAAGAACUGCGUCUGCAGGCGGCACGCGCCGCCGUGCUGCUGCUGCCCGACGAGAACCGUGAGGCUCUGCGGACGCUGCUGUGCUUGCUGAGCGACGUGACAGCCAGCGUGUCCGAGAAUCAGAUGACUCCCACCAACCUGGCUGUCUGCCUGGCGCCGUCCCUCUUCCACCUCAAUACCCUGCGCCGCAAAGAGAGCUCCUCACCAAGGGUGAUGAACAGGAAGCAGACACUGGGAAAACCGGACCAGAGAGACCUGAAUGAGAACCUGGCUGCCACUCACGGCCUGGCACACAUGAUCCAGGAGUGCAGCAAACUCUUCCGGAUCCCAGAGGAGAUGAGUCGCUGCAGGAACUCAUAUGUGGAGCAGGCGCUGCUGCCGCGACGCCUAGAGGAGCUGGCGGGCGAAGAGGCUGGGCAGGGAGGUUACAGGGCCUUCCUUAGGGACAGCCUAGAUGCCCUCCUCAAAGACGCCAAGGACAAGUUUAAAGGUUACGACAGCUGCUCCACGCCCGAGCACGCGGAGCUCGCCUGCAGGAAGGUGCACGACGGCUUCCCACUGCGGCUGUGGAAGGUGACCGUGGAGGUGCCUGCGAGUCCAGAGGAGGUUCUGACACGAAUAAUGCGGGAGCAGGGCUACUGGGAUGAGGACCUGCUGGAGAGCCGGGUGGUGGAGACCCUGGAUGAGAGGACAGAGGUCUACCAGUACGUCAGGAACACCAUGGCUCCACAUCCCACCAAAGACCACCUGGUGCUCAGAACGUGGGUAACAGACCUGCCGAAAGGAGCGUGUGCAAUGGUGUGUUCAUCUGUGGACCAUGAAGGCGCACCUGUCGUAGGCGUCCGGGCAAAUGUCCUCACCUCUCGCUACUUCAUCGAGCCCUGUGGAAACAACAAAUCCAGACUCACACAUAUUUCCAGGAUCGACUGCAGGGGUCGUUUCCCAGAGUGGUACAAUAAGCUGUAUGGACACUUGUGCGCCGCCGAGGUGGCGCGGAUACGUGACUCAUUCACAGUGCCCAUGGACAAAUGAGAAAGCAGUGUGCAGUGUGGGCAACAACAGACUCCACAGCUCCUUUGGACCAUAAUUUGGAUCCUUCAAACUCAAAAUGACUCAUUCCACCCAUUCCAGCAGAGAGGUAGACAGGGUCCAAGCCUCUCAUAUUCAAAGGACAAAUCCUGGAUCCUGGAUUGAAGGACUUUUUUUCUUUCGCUCUGACUUUGUUACAACAGACUGAUGUUAUCGCUAGGUUCUGUCGGAGAGUCUCGGUGUGUUGCCGAGAGGACUCACACAAACACUUCUCCGGGCCAAAGGACAUGAUGUCGCUAAUACAGGAUGUUAUCCAAAGGAUGCUAUUGCUUCUGAGAAGCAAAGGGGGUGUGGGUGUGGGAGUGUGUGCAUGAGUGUUAAAAGCAACAAACGGUUAAUUAAUACAUAUUCCUCACACUGGUUUCCAGUGGCAACAUAAUGUGUACAUACAGUAUUCUGUUCACAGUAAGGGUUUGUGUGUCUUGUGUUUUUCUGUUACAGCAAGGCACAGGAGAAAGGUAGAUAAUAUUAUAGUCAGCUGAUUGAUGAGUCUGUGGGUAAAGAAAGAUGUGAAUGUGUUGGUAAUAAAUGCAAACAGAGCAGAGACAACAGACGGGAUAGUGAGAUGACAGGUAGUUGUUAGCUUAGAGGGUUUUUUAGGAAAGCAGAGACAGAUGAGAAUCGGUGGCUGGCUCACCAAAAAGACAAGAAAGGAUCAAAGAAACAGUCUCAUUUACUAAUGUGAAAGUAGUGUCUCCUCAUUUUGUUCUUGAAGAUUCAUCAGCAGAGUUAGUCAGCGUGCUAGAAACAAGGAAUAGUUCAAAAAGCCAGUUAUUAUACAACAGCAAGAGCUCAUCAGGCACUGCUUAUGACUGAGGCUCAGAGCCGGGACUGGGAAAGUUGAAUUUUGCACAGGGUUCCCACACGUUUUCAUGGACAAAAUUUCAAAACUUUUCCAUGACUUUUCAAGUAAUUGUUUUUUUUUUCUGUAGUCCUACUUGCUGGGUGUUUUUCAGACUUAUUAGGUUCUUAAACUCUGUUCAAACAUAAUAGUCAGCUGGCAUACAUGGAGGGAGAGAGGAAACACAAAAAAUGAAGAAACAUACAUGAUGGUAAACAAAUCGUCACACUUCAACACAUAUUAGAGCUAAUUUACACCGACAGCUUCAGAAAAUACAUUUUCAGUUUUGUUAAAUCAAGUGGAAGGUUAUCCACGUAAGACAGCCGUAACAAUUUCAUGACACACAACAUAAUUCCAUGAUUUUUCCAAUUUUUUUCCAUGACUGUGGGAACCCUGUUUGCAGGAUUUAAGAUUUAAGACAAACACAUUUACAAUGAUGGACCAAAUUUGGGGGAGGGGGGAUAACAUUUGUGAAAAGUUAAAGGUAUUGUUGUUAAGAGCACAGUCAAUUCACUUUUUGUAUUAUUGUAGGCUGCACAUCUCUUGCAUAUAUACGUUAAAAAAAUAGUGACACAAUGAUUUUGAUGUAAAUGAGAACAGAAAAAAACAAUGCAUUGUUCUAACUUGCAACAGAAACUAUAAAAAGAUGAGAGGUAAACAGAGAAAAUGGUCCUUUUAUAAAGGUGGAGAUUUUACAGGUUUUACUGUAAAGAAGAGGGCAGACUGAAUGUUUGUGUGAUUUCAAAAGAAGGAAAACGAUCUUUUGUGUAAGCUUCUUUCUCCGUCAGUGUUUUAAAAAAAAAAAAGACAUACAGGUUCCUCGAAACCUUCACUCGUAACACUCACGCUUCGACCUGAGGGCGCGCAUUUUUCCCGUGCAGAGUCGUGUGAUUAAUUCGCUAAGCCAUUGCUCAUAUCGUAAAUGUUGUACCUUUUAACUGUGUCUCCGCCAAAUAAUAACGCAUGACAAUGACAGUUAAUUUAAAACAAAUAUAUUUAUACCUCAGAUAUAUGUUUGUUUUGUAUCAUACCAUUUUAUUUUAUUUUAUUGUAAAUGUUAAGCUUCGUGUUACAGAAAUGAACAAAUGUUUUAUCUUUUUUAUUAAUAUUAUUUCUGUACAGGUUAAUCAAAGUGCACUAUUAAAUGUAUUAAA